GGCACUUCCGGUCCGCCAUGCGGCGCGCAAUGGAGCAGCUGAAGUGAGGCAGAGUCUUGUGUUCCGUGUUCUGCGCUGUGACCCGCGGUCGGGAGCUGUGGGGAGAGCGGGGCGAGCUCGGAACCCGCCAUGGAUGCAGUGACCUAUGAGGAUGUGCAUGUGAACUUCACUCAUGAAGAGUGGACUUUGCUGUAUCCUUCCCAGAAGAGUCUCUACAAAGAUGUGAUGCUGGAAACCUACUGGAACCUCACUGCUGUAGGCUACAAAUGGGAAAACCAGAAUAUUGAAGAAUAUUGUCAAAGUUCUAGAAGACAUGAAAGGUAUCUUCAAAUACACAAACGAACCCAUAAUGAAGAAGAUCUCUGUGAAUAUAAUCAGCAUGAUAAAGACUUUAGAUCUGAUUCCUCUUUACAGUUACACCUGAGAACCCAUGUGGAAGUAGAGCCCUAUAAAUACAAUCAAUGUGGAAAAGACUUUGCAUAUUUCACUAGUCUUCAAUAUCUUGAAAACAUUCAUACUGGAGAGAAACCCUAUGAAUGUGAUCAAUGUGGUAAAGCCUUUAUACAUUUCAGUCGUCUUCAAAACCAUUACAAAAUCCAUACUGGACAGAAACCCUAUGAAUGCCAUCAAUGUGGUAAAGCCUUUGGAAGUCGCAAUUAUCUUAAAGUACAUGGAAGAAUUCAUACUGGAGAGAAACCCUAUGUAUGUAAUUGGUGUGGUAAAGCUUUUAUGUAUUUAAGCAGUCACCGACAUCAUGAAAAAUCUCAUGCUGGGGAGAAACCCCAUGUAUGUAAUCAAUGUGGUAAAGCCUUUGUAUAUCGCGGUGAUCUUAAAAUACAUGAAAAAAUUCAUACUGGAGAGAAACCCUAUGUAUGUAAUCAGUGUGGUAAAGCCUUUAGACGUUUCAUUCAUCUUCAAAGCCAUUUCAGAAACCAUACUGGAGAGAAACCCUAUGAAUGCCAUCAAUGUGGUAAAGCCUUUGCAAGUCGCCAAUAUCUUAAAGUACAUGGAAGAAUUCAUACUGGAGAGAAACCCUAUGUAUGUAAUUGGUGUGGUAAAGCUUUUAUGUUUUUAAAUAGUCACCGAAGUCAUGAAAUAUCUCAUACUGGGGAGAAACCCCAUGUAUGUAAUCAAUGUGGUAAAGCCUUUGCAUGUCACAGUGAUCUUAAAACACAUGAAAAAAUUCAUACUGGAGAGAAGCCCUAUGUAUGUAAUCAGUGUGGUAAAGCCUUUAUAAGUCGCCGUAAGCUUCAAAUACAUGAAAAUACUCAUACAGGAGUGAAACCUUUUGGAUGUAACCAGUGUGGUAAAGCCUUUGCACAAUUCAUUCAUCUUCAAAACCAUUUCAGACACCAUACUGGAGAGAAACCCUAUAACUGCAGUCAGUGUGGUAAAGCCUUUGCAAAUCGCGGUUCUCUUAAAACACAUGAAAGGAUUCAUACUGGAGACCAACCCUAUAAAUGUGAUCAAUGUGGUAAAGCCUUUCCACAUUUCAGUCGUCUCCAAAAUCAUUAUAAAGUCCACACUGGAGAGAAACCCUAUAAAUGCAGUCAAUGUGAUAAGCCCUUUGCAAGUCACCAUUAUCUUAAAAUACAUGAAAGAAUUCAUACUGGAGAAAAGCCCUAUAUGUGUGAUCAGUGUGAUAAAGCCUUUGCACAUUCCAGUAGUCUUCGACUUCAUGUAAAAAGUCAUACUGGAGAGAAGUGCCAUGAAUGUAAUCAAUGUGGUGAAGCCUUUAUAAGUCACCGUAGUCUUCAAAUACACCGAAGAACUCAUGCAGCAGUGAAACCUUACAAAUGUGAUCAAUGUGGUAAAGGCUUUACAAGACACAAAAACCUUCAAAAUCAUGAAAGGCGUCAUACUGAAGAAAAACACUGUAUAUAAUUGCUGCACGACACUUUGAAGGUCAAUGUAAUCUUCAAACAUAUCAAAGAAGUAAUAGUAAAAAGAAAUCCUACAAAUGUGAAUGUGAUAAUACAUCUAUAUGUUACAGUGUUCUUCACAGUAUUAAGAAUUACUCCUGAAGAAAAACACUGUGAAUCUAGUAAAUUCAGUAAAGCUUUGCAUACCACAUACAUUGUUUCCACUGAGCAGUCUCACUGGUGCUCAGAUAGAAUUAGUAGAACCAUUCCAUCAGUCAGAUAUUGGGUUUUUUUUCAAAUUAUAAAUAAAUUGUCAUCGGUGGAUAGAGGAGCACAGAAUAAUCCGAAUAAUAAAACCUAUUUGCAAAU